AUGAAACUUAUUACUCAAAUUCCAAUUCAGGCCGGAAGAGGAUACGAUCUCAUUGAGCUCAAUUCUAAAUUUUCAGGAAAGUCAAUUGCUGCUCUGGCAUUCCAAGCACUAUAUGAUAAAAAUGGCGGUGAUGUAAUAUGGAAUUGGAUGAAAAAAUUAAAAUUAAGACCAAAGAUUGAACUCUUUUGGUGGAGGCUGUAUAAUGAUGCCAUUCCUUCUAAUGAUUUUCUAGUUAGAAGAAAAGUUAGUAACUUCUCAGUCUGCCCGAGGGGAUGUAAAGAAGAUGAGAACGAAUGGCAUAUUGCAGGGAACUGUUCAAAGCUUCAUGAAGAGAUUUCUUUACUCAAUAACUGGGGCUUCAAUAUUACGAUCUAUGACAACUUACAAGAAUGUUUUGAAGGUUUAAAGAAGCUUGUAGGAAAUAAUUCUCGCAUUGCCAAUAUGUAUUGUACGACUACUUGGCUAGUGUGGAAAAGUAGAUGUAAAUUGAUUCAUGAUAGCAUUGAAGACUCAAUCAACUCUUUGGUAGAAAAUGUGGUCUCUACAGCUACAAUUAGCAACUUUAUUAAUCAUAUACCGGAAAACUGGGAUACUAACCAGCGUAUGCUGUCUUGGUCUUGGUAUCCUCCUCCAACUGGUUAG